AUGGCCACGCGCGCGCUGCUCCCAGGGGCCUUCCUCCUGCUAUUGCUGCCCGCGCCCGCGCCCGCGCCCUGCUUCACGGCCACGCGCUCCGAGUGCCGGCGCCACCGGGCCUUCGUGCCCGGCUCGUGGCUGGCCGGGGAGGGCGUGGACGUGACGAGCCUGAAGCGCUCGGGCUCCUUCCCCGUGGACACGCAGCCGUUCCUGCGGCCCGACGGCACGUGCACGCUGUGCCGCAACGCGCUGCAGGGGGGCGCGCCGCAGCGCCUGCCCCUGGCGCUCACCGACUGGCGCGCGCGGCACGCCGGCUGCCAGCGCCGGGUGGGCCAGGCCGCGCUGCGCUACACGGAGGACGUGGCCCGGGACGCGGCCAGCAGCAUCCGGAACGACUGGAAGGCCGGGCUGGAGGUGAGCCCGCCCCACCGCGGCCAAGCGCGCGUCAGCAUGGCCGGCUCGCACUCCCCGGCCGCGAACUUCGCCGCCGCCAAGAACCACCAGGAUCAGUACCGGUUCAGCCGCGACCAGGUGCAGUGUGUCUCUCGCCUGGUGCAGGACCCGCCCCUGAAACCCGAUUUCAAGAAGGCCCUCCGGGCACUGCCCCCCUACUUCAACGCCUCCAGCGAGCCCGACUACGUGCGGUUCAUCUCCAGCUUCGGCACCCACUUCAUCAAGUCCAUGGAACUGGGCGGCCGGACCUCGGCCCUCACGGCCAUGCGCACCUGUCAGAUAACCCUGAACGGGCUCACGGCAGAUGAGGUGGCGGACUGCCUGGAGGUGGAGGCUGAGGUGAGCAUCGGCAGAGUCGUCAGUGCCACAUCGGCAUACAAGGCCUGCGAGGAGAAGAAGAAGCAGCACAAGAUGGAGACCUCCUUCCACCAGACCUACCGGGAGCGUUACACCGAAGUGGUGGGUGGCAACUACAGCAGCGGGCACGACCUGCUGUUCGGGAAGGAGGCGAGCGCUGAGCACUUUUCGGCCUGGGUGGCCUCGCUGAAGCACAGCCCCGGCCUGCUGGACUUCACCCUGGAGCCGCUGCACGUGCUCCUGAGGCGCACAGACCCGCGGCGGGAGGUGCUGAGGGCAGCCCUGGGCAGCUACAUCGCGGGCAAGGCACGCUGGAGGGACUGCAGCAGGCCCUGCCCACCGGGGCAGCAUAAGAGCCCGCUGGACGAGUGCCAGUGCCUGUGCCAGGCCUCCAGAGUCACCAGCCAGGACUGCUGUCCCCGGCAGCGGGCCAUGGCCCAUCUGGUGGUCAUGCACUUCCGGGCCCACGGCCUGUAUGGGGACUCGAUCACGGCCACCGACGCCUACCUGAAGGUCUUCUUCGGGGGCCACGAGAAGAGGACAGACACCGUGAGGGACAACAACAACCCCAGCUGGGCCAUAAAGCUGGACUUCGGGGAUGUGCUGCUGGCCACGGGAGGGCCCCUGAGGGUCCAGGUGUGGGACGCCGACCGGGGCUGGGACGACGACCUCCUGGGCACCUGUGACCACCCUGCCGUGUCGGGCUUCCACAAGGUGUCCUGCCCACUGUCCCACGGCCAGCUGCAUUUCUCCUUCGAGGCCAAGUGCUUGCCCCACCUGUCGGGGGACACCUGCAUGGACUACACCCCGCACGGGCUUCUGGGGGAGCCUCCAGGAAACCGGAGUGGGGCGGUGUGGUGAGAACCCGCGAGCCCAGCCAGAGGCGCCUCAGAGACCGUCCGGGCCUCUCCCUAGCCCCGCUAGAUAUGUGCAAGGCGGACUUUACUUUUUCUCUGCCAAUGACCCACGGACCAGCUGAGACUCCCUUGCUGACCACCUGAACUCCCGCAGAGGCCAGACCCUGGCCCCACCCAGCUGUCCUGGAAAACCUUCCUCCUGGGCCCGGAGCCACAGUACAGCGGGGAGGCCGCUUGCCUUGCACACAGCCAACCUGGGUUGGAUCCUCGGUAUCCUACGUGGUCCCCCCGAUUCCCGCCAGGAG